AUGUUACUUGUAAACGUAUGAAAAUUUUCUUCUUUUCUUAUUUUUCUUUUUCUUUUUUUUGACUUUGUUUUUAACUUUAAAAAGAAAUGUUGAAUUAUUAAUACUAAUUAUAGAUAUGUUUAACCAAUCUUUUUUAACGUACAAAAACAACUGAAAUGUCCGCGUCAUCGUAGUAUCGUUUUAAAGAAAUGUUUCUUCUUUACAAAAAAAGUCGAUGGAAUCGCGGCAUGGCCUAAAUGCGAUCAAGCCCGAACUUUUGAAACCAGAAGUGGUGCUCAGCGAGAAAAAACGCAAGUCUUUUAUUGAGAAGUUCAAGACUAGUAAAAUACCAAAAGUGGAUGAUAAUGCGAAUCAAGCGGCUGUGUUAGUGCCAUUAUGUAUGCAUAAAGGAGAAUUGGGUUUCUUGUAUACCUUAAGAUCUACCAAGGUAACCUCGAAUCGUGGCCAAGUCUCGUUUCCCGGUGGAAUGUACGACAAAGAGGACCGUACACUGGAAGAGACUGCAUUGCGUGAAACAUGGGAGGAGCUUAAAAUUCCAAGAGAGAAAAUCAACGUUUGGGUCUCCGGUAACAUAAUCGAUAAAAAGAAUGUCAAGGUGUUACCUGUUUUCGGCUACAUCGGCGAUGUCGAUCCAGAAAAACUUGAAAUAAAUGCGGACGAAGUAGAGGAAGCUUUCUUCUUCAGCCUGAAAAAUCUCUGCGAUCUAUCAAUGUGUCGUUUCACUCAGUUCCGCAACAAUUACACUUUGCCUGUAUAUAUAGGUGGGAAACAUCGCGUUUGGGGUUUCACUGCCGCUGUAACACACAUGGUUUUAAACGCUCUUAUACCUGAUGCUUAUAAACACAAACUCAUUUAUAUACCGCCAGUCUUGCAAAAAAAGAAGAGAUAA